AUCUGGGCCGUGGACGUGUCCACCUCAGCAGCGUGGGUGGCAGACAGAUUCUGUUGUCCGCAUGAAUCUCCUUCGCACAAGGAAGGGUGGCUGCAUUGCUUGCGCGUACCUACAGAUCAGCACCGACACAAAACAGCGCACAGAUCUCUGAAUAAGUUCAGGGCGGCCGCCUUCUUGUUGUGUUGGUACGUUGUUACGCAGGAAAAGUUGGAGGUGAAUUUACCUUGUGGAGCUGGGAGACGGGCGCAGCAAUGGCAGCUUCGAUGUCAGCUGCGGCGACCGCCUCACAGCUGACGUUUUCGUCUUGUACCGCUUCGGUGUCUUCCAGAGCCGAAAGCCGGCCACAGAGCGUUGCUGGCUCGUGUAGAUAUAGCAGUCGCAGAGGGUUUUUGAAUGGAGCGAGCGAUGUGUUGGGAUCGGGGAGCAGUGACGGGAUCAGGGGACGGCAAAUCGCGGCUCCGGUUGUAAAGAGACAGGCAGUUCGGACGCAACGCUUCAAAGUCCCUUCUGCUGUCUCAGAUUCAGGCUUGGGGCAAGCAGAUACCGAUCUGAACCCUGAUGCAGGAAAGAGCGUCCUCGGAAUUAUUCUGGGGGGCGGCGCCGGCACCCGCCUCUACCCCCUCACCAAGAAGCGCGCCAAGCCGGCGGUCCCCCUGGGCGCCAACUACCGCUUGAUCGACAUCCCCGUCAGCAACUGCAUCAACAGCAACAUCCGCAAGAUCUACGUCCUCACACAAUUCAACUCCGCGUCCCUCAACCGGCACCUGUCGCGCGCCUACUCCAAGAACAUGGGCAGCCACAAGCAGGAGGGCUUCGUCGAGGUGCUGGCCGCGCAGCAGUCCCCCGAGAACCCCAACUGGUUCCAGGGUACGGCGGACGCGGUGCGGCAGUACCUGUGGCUAUUUGAGCAGGUCAAAGACAUCCAGGAGUUCAUCAUUUUGGCCGGAGACCAGCUGUACCGUAUGGACUACCAGCGCUUCAUCCUGUGCCAUCGCGAGACGGGCGCUGACAUCACCGUCGCGGCGCUCCCGAUGGACGAGGCGCGCGCGCAGGCGUUCGGGCUCAUGAAGAUCGACAACAAGGGCCGCAUCACCGAGUUCUCGGAGAAGCCCAAGGGAGAAGCGCUCAAGGCGAUGCAGGUGGACACGACGGUGCUGGGCCUGGACGAGGAGCGCGCGAAGGACCUGCCGUACAUUGCGAGCAUGGGCAUCUACGUCAUCAGCCGUGACGCCAUGCUGCAGCUGCUGCGCACCGAGUUCCCCGAGGCCAACGACUUCGGCAGCGAGGUCAUCCCGGGAGCUACCGAGAAGGGUAUGAAGGUCCAAGCAUACCUGUACGACGGCUACUGGGAGGACAUUGGCACCAUCGAGGCGUUCUACCACGCCAACCUGGGCCUGACCAAGCCGGAGCCCGAGUUUGCUUUGUACGAUCGGUCUGCCCCCAUCUAUACCCAGCCCCGGUAUCUACCCCCGUCCAAGGUGCAGGGCAGCGACAUCUCCCAGAGCGUCAUUGGCGAGGGUUGCAUCAUCAAGGAGAGCGCCAAGGUGCACGGGUCCGUGGUGGGCCUGCGCUCCUGGAUUGACCAGGGCGCAAUCAUUGAGGACACGCUACUCAUGGGCGCUGAUUAUUACGAGACGGAGGAGCAGCGGGAGGAGCUGUUGGCCAAGGGCCAGAUCCCCAUGGGCAUCGGCAAGGGCACUAUCAUCAGGAAAGCCAUCAUCGACAAGAACGCGCGCAUUGGCGAGAACGUGCAGAUCAUCAACAAGAACAACGUUCAGGAGCAGGAGAGAGAGACGGACGGGUACUUCAUCAGGUCAGGUAUUGUCACCGUCUUUAAGGACGCCACGAUCCCCGCUGGUACCGUUAUCUAAUAUACGACUCUUGGAUAGAUUCAGUCAUCCGUCUCUUACAUGGAGUGCCAGCUUUGGUGGAACCAUGUGAUGAGGCUCUGAGGUUACCAGAGGGGCUAGGCAGCUCUUGCUAUCUUGGCACGGAGCUAUGUCAGAAGAGACCCUAGCCUGCGGCAGUAGUCAAAAUACUGACAGUGUUUGUCACUCCCGGUUUUGCUUAAACGUACUGCCCCUAGCUCGACGCUCUUGGCGUGGCGUGGGACAGGCUGCGAAGUGAAAGAAAACUCUUACUCGCUAUGGUUGCAAUGUUUUUCGUGCAACUUACGGGCUGACUUCUGGCUAUUACAAUUUCAAAACGUCGUUGCC